AUGGAGGGAUCUGAAGCAAUGCUUCCUUGUCAAAAUCGUUCAGCUCCUUCUCCUGACUCAAAGGCACUGUCUAGGAGUGUUUUCUUCUGGGGUUGGAGGUAUUCUAACAAAAAGUUCGAGUCUUGGACCAGGAAAAUGUCUCAUCUUCACGAACCCACUUGGAAGAAAGCUGGGAUUUUUGAAGCAGUCAUGGCGUCCACAUUCAAAAUCUCUAAAAACACAGAUCUUGUUGUGGGUAUUGCUGAGAAAUGGUGUCCUGACACCAAAACCUUUGUUUUCCCUUGGGGUGAAACAGCUAUAACACUUGAAGACGUUAUGCUGCUUUCAGGUUUCUUUGUUUUGGGUUCACCUGUUUUUGCUGCUCUAGAGAGCUCAGGACAGGAGAUUAAGGCUAAACUAGAUUUAGAAUGGAAGAAGAUUAGGAAAGACUGGGACGACAAAGUCAAUUUCGUCACACAAGUAUCUUGGAUGGAGAGAUUCAUGAAAAGUGGUGAUGAGCUUGAGCAUGUGGCUUUCCUUAUGCUCUGGCUUAACUACUUUUUGUUUCCAUCAUGCUUGUAUCAUCUCUAUAAAGCUGUUUUGCCAAUUGCUAUUCAUCUUUCAAGGGGUACUAGGAUUGCUCUUGCUCCUGCUGUUCUUGCACACUUGUAUGCUGAGCUAAGUCUUUUGAAAACCCACAUUACAUCUUUCAGCGAAUCCACCAGGGAGGCUAGAGUUGAUCUGACUGCCUUGUUUAUGUUGGUUCAAGUUUGGACAUGGGAGAGAUUCAGGGAACUACAGCCAAAACCUAAUCNACUUUUUGAGAAUUCCAAAGAUCAACAAAAUUUUCAUAUGCCAAACGAUAAGGAUCCAUUGUUUUUGUUUAAUGAAAGCUUAUGUUUAACGAAAAGGGUUUGUAGCUUGAGGGUUUAUAUUGUCUAA